GAAAAAUCGAAAAAUCAUGGAGUCCAUCGAGAAGCUGCAGUUGUUGGGCAAAGGUGGCGUUGGCCGCGUGUACUUGUGCAAGGACAACCUGACAGGACAAACCGUGGCUGUCAAGCAAGUCGUGCGAAAUUCUCCGAGCCGCAUUAAGCGGCUAGAUGCGGAGAAGGCUGCCCUUGGUCGCAUCCUGCAGCGAUCGUUCGACGUCGACGACUCCACAUACCUUGUCAUGGACGUCCUUCCCGGCGAGCCAGUGUAUAAGUCGCUGUGGCGCCAUCAACGUGGCUUCCCCGAAGCAUUUGCCAAGCAGUGCGCUGCCCAAGUCGUUGUCGCAUUGCUGGACUUGCACGGGCGCGGCUUCAUGCAUCGCGAUGUUAAGACGGGCAAUGUGCUCUUGGACCCAGCGACCGGUCGUUGCCACUUGAUCGACUUUGGGUUUGCGAAGCCAUUAGUCCGAGAUGACGGCACCCUAGAUGGACGCGCUAUGUCGUUUGUGGGCACGCAUUAUGCGAUGGCACCAGAAGUGUACCGCUGUAGCCACCAGCAGCGUGACAACUACUACACUGUUGCCGUGGAUUGGUGGGCCCUGGGCGUAUUUGUAUUUGAGCUGCUCCAUGGCUCGCCUCCAUGGCCGUACAAAUGCGAAGACGGCGAAUUGGUGCGCUAUGCCGCUACGUUGGAGCAACCACUCGAGUUUCCAAGCCAUUCCCACUUUGCCAACCCCCACGUUCGCGACUUGCUUUCGUACGAACUUAGUUCGAUCGAAUCAUCUAGCUCUUAGCCGGCCCCAUUUCACUCGAGCCGUUGAAACACUUUGCGAUUGGGUGUGUAAGUCUACAGUGUGUUGUUCAUGUGUAGCCAGCUGCUGUGCGUGGAUCCAUCGGCUAGACUCACGGGUGUCGCUGUCCAACGACAUCCGUGGUUUUGCGACGUAAAUUGGGAGGACCUUGUGGUGGCAUGCUCCACGGCCGAGAUGGGGCUACUACGAGAUAUCAUCUCGUCAAGCACCGCUCCGGACAGCGCUGAGAGCCUCACGUCAGCUGAAAAUGCCCUCUUCGCAGGGUUUUAAUUAGCGAUUUAGAAAUCAAUGUACUAGACACAUCAGUACACUGGCA